AUGACCACUUUCCAUCCGCCAACCACGGCCGAGCUGGUGAUGCUUCCCAGAGGCCCGCAGACGAUGGCGAUCAAAAACGCUACCCAAACCAAGCUGGUCAAGGUCGAUGACUGGAAAAUCGUGGAAAAAGUCGUGGUUGAGGCAGUUGUGUGUCGCACCACCGUCUCGCCGACUGACAGUGCGUCGGUGUUGGUGACAGAGACGGCUAAACAGGAGAUACUGUGGCCGGAGUUUGUCAACAUGGCAGGAUCGAGGGACAUGAUGGGCGUCGAGUUCAACGAGGCCAAAGAAUGGCAUGAGAAGCUGGUGGCGAUGGACCGCGAGGAGCAGCGGGAGGAGGAGCAAGAACCAUCGUUAUUGCAAUGUCUGUUCUGCUGUUGCUGGCCCCGAUGUGUAUGCUGUUGGUAG